CCGGACGUGCAGGCUGCGGAUCCCCGUAGGCGAGCGAGCGGCUAGGUUCGUGAUCUGGAGAGACGCUCAGAUUGCAAGCUUGUGGGAGUGGGGAAAGAGCAUGAUCUUUUCAUCUUUACACAAGCACAGUGCUCGACAUGAGAUAAUCACUCACUGUUGCUUCCGUUCAGGACUGGAAACCAAUGGAAAGGAAGAACAGUUAAGAAUUUCAGAAUGGAAUAGGGAUAGUUUUCAGGGAAAAUGGAUGAAGCAGUAUUGUGGUGGGGAAAGUGUUCAAAGUUAAUAUUACCAUAAUUUCAGAACACCAUAGUGAAUACCUUGGAAAGCAUCAUCUUCAUCUUCUGAGACUUUGACUGUGACCAUGUGAAAGGUAGAGAGAGAAUUCAGGAUUAACUUUGUCUGUUUUCCCAUGUUCAAGGGCCAUUGUGUUACACCUAAAAUUGGCAAAGAAUCAUAGAUUAUAUUUAAGCUCAGAUUUCAAAACUGCCCAUGACUAUUUUGGCGGGAUGUAUCCUGGGUUUUUUGUUUUGUUUUUGUUUUUAUUUUUGUUUUGUUUUGUUGUUUUGUAUGCAAUCUAGAUGCAGAUGUUUGUUUUUAGUCAGACAGCCUGGAGGGAGCUUUAAUGUUGGGGUUCUUCGUACAUGUAAAUACCCUGCUGGAUAAUUAAUUGGGAUUUCCUGGAGCAAUGUUUUUUUUUAUUUUAAGAAACUAUACUGUAAACAGUUUUUCAUUCUUGUGGAUAAAGAGAAGCUUUUCUCUGGAUUUCUAAUAUUUGCCAACCCCGAGGGAAAGGCAAAGCAUGUGAGUCAGUCCUGAGGACCCUCCCUGCCCUCCACUGAGGGGACCAAUGAGUUUGAGGAACAAGAGUGGAUAAACCGUUGACUCUCAUCUGCCUUCCCUCCCUUCUCCUCAGGAUAAUAUUAAGUUCCUGCAACUUAACUGGGAAUUGAUCAAGAUUUCAAGCUAAAGAUGGUGGUGAUGAACAGCCUGAGGGUCAUUCUUCAAGCCUUUCCAGGCAAAUUGCUGUGGAGAAAGUUCCAGAUUCCGAGAUUCAUGCCAGCGAGGCCCUGCAGCCUCUAUACUUGUACUUACAAAACCCGGAACCGAGCCUUGCAUCCACUCUGGGAGAGCGUGGACCUGGUUCCUGGGGGCGAUCGACAGUCACCCAUCAACAUUCGGUGGAGGGACAGUGUUUAUGAUCCCGGCUUAAAACCACUCACCAUCUCUUAUGACCCAGCCACCUGCCUCCACGUCUGGAAUAAUGGGUACUCUUUCCUCGUGGAAUUUGAAGAUUCUACAGAUAAAUCAGUGAUCAAGGGAGGACCCCUGGAACACAACUACCGAUUGAAGCAGUUCCAUUUUCACUGGGGGGCCAUUGAUGCCUGGGGUUCUGAGCACACCGUGGACAGCAAAUGCUUCCCAGCAGAGCUGCACUUAGUGCAUUGGAACGCAGUAAAAUUUGAAAACUUUGAGGAUGCAGCACUGGAAGAAAAUGGUUUGGCUGUGAUAGGAGUAUUUUUAAAGCUAGGCAAACAUCAUAAAGAGCUACAGAAAUUAGUGGAUACUUUGCCGUCAAUUAAGCAUAAGGACGCCCUUGUGGAAUUUGGGUCAUUUGACCCUUCCUGCCUGAUGCCUACCUGCCCAGAUUACUGGACCUACUCAGGGUCUCUGACUACCCCACCCCUCUCCGAGUCUGUCACCUGGAUCAUUAAGAAGCAACCAGUAGAGGUUGAUCAUGAUCAGCUUGAGCAAUUUCGGACCCUGCUUUUCACUUCCGAAGGGGAGAAAGAGAAAAGAAUGGUGGACAACUUCCGCCCCCUUCAGCCACUGAUGAAUCGCACUGUUCGUUCAUCCUUCCGGCAUGAUUAUGUGCUGAAUGUACAAGCGAAACCCAAGCCGGCGACCAGCCAAGCAACCCCCUAAAACAUUCAUAUCUAGGCAUUAUUUUGCUUUUGCUUUAAUAUAUACUAGCUUACUAAAAAUUGUUAACUAGACUAUUCUAAGUGCCUGCAUUUGAUAUUUACAGAUGUGCAUUUCUUAGCAUGAGAGUGCUUCAUCAGUCUUUGAGGAAGGCUAUUCGGUACCAGCAAGAGACACAAGUUUCUCUUACAGAUACCUGUUGGUAAUUGUAAUGCCUUUUUUUUUUCUUUAAGAGACUAGGUCUUGCUCUGUUGCCCAGGCUAGAGUGCAGUGGCCCAAUGAUAGCUCACUGCAGCCUUGAACUCCUAGGUUCAAGCAGUCCUCCUGCCUUAGCCUCUGGAGUAGCUGGGGCUACAGGUGCUGGCCGCCUGGCCCAGCUUGUAAUAUCUUUUUAUGUCUGACAUUUUUGAGCUAUCUUUUUAUGUUUAUCCAUUAGUGGUUCUAUAGCACUAUACGUAGGGAUUAUAAUCAAAAUUUUUAACAUGUGGUAAGGCACAGACACUGACCAGAACUCAGGCCUUGCAGAAACAGCCUAUGGGCCCAGACUGGUACUUCGUGGCUGAAUAUUGGCCAUGGUUUUAGAUGUAUUUUAUUUUAUAACAUGAAUGUGUAUUCUUUCAUAAGGGCUUAUCAAUCAGUACAUUUGCCCCAGUGUUUAGUUGUUACAAGGACAUGAUACGCUUACUUACUAUCAGUUUAUGAUGUAGAAAAUAUAUUUUGUAAUUAUAAGAAAACAAGACUUUUCCUAUACCCAGAAAUCCCUUUGCAUUUCCGAAGAUCAGAUAUUUUACUUAAAGGUCUGAUCAUAUAGGAAAUAUAUGCAGAACAUUUUAAAGAAAAUGCCUGGCCGGGCGCAGUGGCUCACACCUGUAAUCCCAGCACUUUGGGAGGCUGAGGCGGGUAGUUCACUUGAGGUCAGGAGUUUGAGACCAGCCUGGCCAACAUGAUGAAACCCUGUCACUACUACAAAUAAAAAAUUAGCCAGGCAUGGUGGUGAGCACCUGUAAUGCCAGCUACUCGGGAAGCUGAGGCUGGAGAAUCGCUUGAACCCAGGAGGCGGUGGUUGCAGUGAGCCAAGAUCACACCACUGCACUCCAGCCUGGGCAACAGAGUGAGACUCUGUGUCUAAUAAAAAAAAAAAAAAGGUAAAGAAAAGAAAAAAUGCUUAAAGUGCCUAGAACUUAGAAUUCUUUCAUUGUACAUUUCCAGAAAUUUUUUUUUUUUUUUUUUUUUUGAGAUGGAGUCUCGCUCUGUCCCCCAGGCUGGAGUGCAGUGGCACUAUCUUGGCUCACUGCAACCUCUGCCUCCCAGGUUUAAGCGCUUCUCCUGCCUCAGCUUCCUGAGUAGCUGGGACUACAGGCGCAUGCCACCAUGCCCAGCUAAUUUUUGUAUUUUUAGUAGAGAUGGGGUUUCACUAUGUUGGCCAGGCUGGUCUUGAACUCCUGACCUCAGGUGAUCCACCCGCCUUGGCCUCCCAAAGUGCUGGGAUGACAGGCAUGAGCCACUGUGCCCGGCCUUCCAGAAAUAUUUUUCAAAGGACUAGUAAUCUAAUAGCCUAUAGUUUAUAAUAUUAUUUUGUAUUAUUUGCACACUGUUACAUAGUAUAUAAUGAUAAUGUUUUCUACAGUGAAAGAGCUAUCCUGUCUUCCCUUUACAACUGUCUGAACUUUAUUUACUCAUUAGUCAAGGUUCUUUGCAAGGCAGGUGAUUAACUUAAAUAUCUCAGUUUAUACAGUGGUUUAAAAGACUUUUGUUAUGGUAAUAGGGAGAGAAACUUGUCAGAUAGGCUAAAAUCUAGAUAAUUCUACAUAUUCUGAGGAAUUCAUGCUCCUGUGGCUCUUGCUUAUAAAUAUCUUGGAAUGUUUCCGAAUGCCUCUAAGCCUAUGUUCAGACUCAGUGUUGCAUCAAUGACUGGUAGUAUUUCUUUCAUGAAUAUGUUUGUCAUCUGGUCUGCAAGAUAGGGUUGGAUGAAUAUACUUAACACUACUGAACUAUAUACUUAAAGAUGGUUAGGAAGGAAACAGGACUACAUCAAACUUAAAAAUGUCUGUGUGUCAAAGGAAGCAAUCAACAAAGUGAAAAGGCAAGCUCUAGAAUGAGAGAAAAUAAUUGCAAAUCAUAUAUCUUAUAAGGAGCCCAAAUCCAGAAUAUAUGAGGAACUUCUAUAAUUCAACAACAAGAAAACCAAAUAACUCAAUUUUUUAAAAAUGGGCAAAGGACUUGCACAGACAUUUCUCCAAAGAAGUUAUACAAUUGACCAAUAAGAACAUGAAAAUAUGCUCAACAUUGCUAAUUAUUAGGGAAAUGCAAAGCAAAACCACAAUGAGAUAUCGUCUCAUGCCCAUCAUGAUGGCCACUAUCAGAAGAACAAAAAAAUAACAAGUAUUGGGGAGGAUGCAGAGAAGUUGAAACACUUGUGCACUGUUGGUGGUAAUGUAAAACGGUGCAGUCAUUACGGAAAACAGUACACAGGUUUCCCAAAUAACUGAAAACAGAAUUACCAUAAGAAUUACCACCAAAGCGGGAUCUCAAAGAGAUAUUUGUACACCCAUGUUCAUAGCAGCAUUAUUCACAAUAGCCAAGAGGUUCUGGAAGCAUCCCAAAUGUCCAUCAACAGAUGAAUAGAUAAAGGAAAUGUGGUAUAUACAUUCAAUGGAAUAUUAUUCAGCCUUUAAAAAGAAGGAAAUCCUGUCAAAUGUACAAUGUGGAUGAACCUUGAAGGCAUUAUGCCAAGUGAAAUAAGCCAGCCACAAAAGAACAAAUGCUGUAUGAUUCCUCCAUGUGAAGUAUCCAAAGUAGUCAAAAUCGUACAGUAGAAAGUAGAAAAGUGGUUGCCAAGGGUUGGGGGAAGGGGAGAGGGUGAAUUUGUAUUUAGUGGGUACAGAGCUUGUGUUGCAAGAAUUCUAGAGAUCUGUUGCAAAACAAGUGUGAUUGUACUUAACACUACUGAACUGUAUACAUAUAAGUUUGAGAAAUAUCUCUUUUAAAAAGGGGGAAAUGUGAAGGCUUUUGCAUGUAUGCCCUAGGAAAUGCAUAGAAUUCUUAGAAAGGUAAACACGGUAAAAAAAAAAGAAGUCUUUGUUAACUUUCUGCAGUUCAUCUGUUUCAAAGUAUAGUUACCUUUAAAAGGGUAAACACACAAGAUAUGCAUUUUCCAGAGCACACAGGCUUUCCUCCUAGCUGUCUUGUUUUUUAUUUUUUUUUUUAUUUUUUUAUUUUUUUGAGACAGAGUCUCGCUGUCGCCUGGGCUGAAGUGCAGUGGCGCGAUCUUGGCUCAGUGCAAGCUCCGCCUCCCGGGUUCACGCCAUUCUCCUGCCUCAGCCUCCCGAGUAGCUGGGACUACAGGCGCCCGCCACCACGCCCGGUUAUUUUUUGUAUUUUAAGUAGAGACAGGGUUUCACUGUGUUAGCCAGGAUGGUCUCGAUCUGACCUCGUGAUCCACCCGUCUUGGCCUCCCAAAGUGCUGGGAUUACAGGCAUGAGCCACCGCGCCUGGCCUUCCUAGCUGUCUUGUGAAACGAUAAGUCAAAACCCUACUGCAGUGAGUUUUCCAAAUUGAAGGGAGAAGCAAUGUACAGAAUGCCUGACUUGCCCUUACAUCUUAUACCGGGUGUUCUGGCAUGAUUAUUAACCACAUUCUUUUUCACUUUGAACCAUGUCCUGGUUUGCAUGGCCAGCUUCCCUGCAGAGGUGAUAGAAACUGGCUUGAGGCAGUUUCUCUCUCCAUGCCUUAGUUAGAUGACCCUCAAAGGGGCACAGCGGAUUUCCCUGGCUACUGAUACACCUUAACAAGAAGCUUGUGUUUUUUAUGCCCUCAGAAGUGUUUUACUUGUACUUUACUAGACAUAAAGGUGGAAAAUGGGCCUAAGGUCUGUCAAAGGUCUUGGAAAAGAAGAUUGUAUUAAAAUUGCUGUCCAUCUUCAUUAAAUAAUACUAGAUCAAUACAACCCUUUCUUUACGAUAUUA